AUGGCGGACAGAGACAGUGGCAGCGAGCAGGGCGGCGGCGGCGGGGGCGCGCCGGGCGCCGGGGGGUCGGGCUCCGGCGGCGGGGGGCCGGGGGGCGGCCUGCAGCACGAGACCCAGGAGCUGGCCUCCAAGCGGGUGGACAUCCAGAACAAGCGCUUCUACCUGGACGUGAAGCAGAACGCCAAGGGCCGCUUCCUCAAGAUCGCCGAGGUGGGCGCGGGCGGCAACAAGAGCCGCCUCACGCUCUCCAUGUCGGUGGCCGUGGAGUUCCGCGACUACCUGGGCGACUUCAUCGAGCACUACGCGCAGCUGGGCCCCAGCCAGCCGCCCGAGCUGGCGCAGGCCGCCGACGAGCCGCGCCGGGCGCUGAAGAGCGAGUUUCUGGUGCGGGAGAACCGCAAGUACUACAUGGAUCUGAAGGAGAACCAGCGCGGCCGCUUCCUCCGCAUCCGCCAGACCGUCAACCGGGGGCCCGGCCUGGGCUCCACGCAGGGCCAGACCAUCGCGCUGCCGGCGCAGGGGCUCAUCGAGUUCCGCGACGCCCUGGCCAAGCUCAUCGACGACUACGGCGUGGAGGAGGAGCCGGCCGAGCUGCCCGAGGGCACCUCCUUGACUGUGGACAACAAGCGCUUCUUCUUCGACGUGGGCUCCAACAAGUACGGCGUGUUCAUGCGGGUGAGCGAGGUGAAGCCCACCUACCGCAACUCCAUCACCGUCCCCUACAAGGUGUGGGCCAAGUUCGGCCACACCUUCUGCAAGUACUCGGAGGAGAUGAAGAAGAUCCAGGAGAAGCAGCGGGACAAGCGGGCCGCCGCCGCCGCCUCCGGGCCCGAGCAGCAGGCGGAGACUGAGAGCAGCGCCGCCGCCGCCGGGCCCCCCGGAGCGCUGCUGCAGGCCGACGAGCCGGAGGAGGAUUGAUCCCGACUUGGCUCCUGGCUGCCUCCCUGCCUGCUGCACAGAGACACACACACAGACACACACAUACACACACAGACAGAGACUUAUAUUGUAAUAAAGAGAACCCCAGACACAGAACCAGAGAGAGAUAAAUACAAAAAAAAAAAGUAAAACCAACAAAAAAAUCAACAAAAAAAAUGUACCUGUUAAUAACUCCAAAGGAGCACCACCCACUCAACCAACCUCCACAAACUGACAGCUCAGCAACUUCUCCGACUGGCCACCCAUCGCUGGAUGUUCCUCCACUUUAUCCACCAUAUAAAACAACUUUUACCAGUAAAUAUCGGUUUAUUCCUGAAAUCAGAAGCCCUAAACAUACCUUUGUUUAUAAGCCUGUGUGGUUCUGAUUGCUGGCAGUUCUGUAGUACAGCAGCCUUAAUCUGAGCAAUUGAGACUGGUCCUACAUUAUCUUCAGACGGCUUGAGGAGGACUUCUGUUCCCAGUUUGGUACUCAAAUACUCCAUCCCACCUUGAGAAGUCACUUACUUUAAAAGCCAGUGAUAGAUUAUUCUCUUUAGCACUAAUGGAAAAUUAUACUGCAAAGCAGCUUUCGUAUAUUCAUAAUUCCCGUGCAAUCCCAAAUUGGAGAAAAGAGCCUAUUAAAGGUAUAUAUUACUCUAGAUAUUUCUUACUGUAAAUAUUGUAAUUUUAUAAUCCUGUGAAUAUUUUAUUAAUUUACAAAUAUUUAACAAAGUUUAAUCUGUGUGAGUUCAGAUUUAUUUAAUGGUGUUCCACUUCUGUGGUUCCUUCUGCAGUCAAUAUUGCACUAUAUUUUAUGUAAGAUUAACUUCAAUAAAAAAAAAGUUAACUGAUUUAAAUGCCUCUUUCUGGGAGAACAAAGUAUAGAGGCAAUUCUCUUCUUUAAAAUGUAACACUUAUGCUCUUCAGUCCCAGUGCUAAAGUAAUUUAAUGAAAUAUUAGUUACAAAUUUUCAAAGCUAACACAGCUAAACAACUGCACUUGGAACUUGUCAUUUUAAAACUUGAGUGUACUUGAAUGUAAAUGGCUUUUAUCAGCCAGUUUUCAGUAAACAAGAAUCUCUGCAAUAUCUAAUGUAUUGAAAAGCUAAACUCUUUAUAAUGAGUAAAGGAACGCUGUAUGAUCAGGGUUAAGUUUUUGUAAAAACAAGCAUUUGCAAAGGCCAAGUUCAAUAAAAAAAAUUUUUUUUUAAAUUCUAGUGAAAAUGUUUUUUGUUUUUUUUUGGCUGUAUGCAUUCCCCCUAGUGUUUGCAUCCCAAAUAUUGCAACUUUGUGGUAAUGUGUGUAUGGCCGAAAGCAACUAGAAAUUGACUAGUUGCAGAACAUGAAAUCUUUUUCAUUGUCCUAAUUAAAGGCUCAAGCCUGUGCCCUUUAAAGUCAGUGGCAGAGCUUUCACAGAAACAGGAUCAGGUCCUGAGUGAUCACUUUCCUCAUCUCCCUCAGCAGUGAUGGGGAAAAUAAAUUAGAUUUUCUAAAAUUCGUUGUUUUAUUAACCUAAGGUUCUCUAAAGACAUUUUCUUUUUUUAAAAUUAAUUUUUAACCUGAUUUUAACCCUUUAACAAUUCGAUUUUAAGAUGUUCAUGUUCUCUGCAGAAUUAUCAAAAGCAAAGUAUUUUUUCCUUUCAGAGGCCAGGGAGGAUUGAUCUCUAAUGUAUUCGCAACAUGACUCUCCUUCAAGGAUCCAAAAUAUCUCAGAGGUUUUUGUGGCAGGUGGUACUUUUGGGUUUACAAGUUAAUCUUUAUUAGAGAUGUGCCAAUAUAUGCUGCUUAUUGUAGUGUUGUUAUAUUUAGGCAUUUUAGCUAACUUACAAAUAUAUACUGUAACAGUAUACUUUGUACAGACUUAAUUUAAAAUUUAUUUAAAGAUUGAAAUAAAGUAGGCAAAAAAUAAAAAAUGUUUAUUUUUCAUUAGACUAAGCAGCUAUCAUUCUUUUGUUUUUAGUGUACUUGGACACCAAACAAUCUCAGAACGAUAAAAUAUUUUAGUUGAUAGGCCACAUUGCAGAAACUCUGUGGAUAUGUGUAUGUAUAUCUGUACUGUAUCUUGAUAACUGUUAACUCUAGAAUGCAAAUAAUGAAAUCAUACUCGUUUUACCAUUCAGAAGAGAAGUGUUUCACAGUUCGACUGUUUUCUCUGUUUUAUGACAAAAAGGCAUUUAUUUUCUGAAAGAUGUUUAUGAAGGGCCUGCCAUCUGGCUUCUCAAGUCAAUUUUUAAAAUUCCAGAGUGGGGGUGAUUACUUGUUUAGCCUUCACUGAUAGACCAAAGUCAGCUUUGACAUCAUAUUGGGGUGCUGCUCAAAUUUAUGUUUUAUGUCCUUUAAGUCAAAAAACAAAACAAGAAAAAAAUCAAGAUGUUAACUUCACUAUAGAACAAAUUCCUCACUGUACAGUAGAAUGGAUAUCUCUAAUCAAUCUGUUGUCAUUAAUAAUAGAUUCUUAUUUUUUUGAAUUACUUAUCUAUUUAAAAGAACAGCAAACAUUGUAUUUGCUAGUAAAUAUAAAAUGUUUACAUGUCAUUACUUAAUAAAUUAUUUGAUUUAAGAUG